AUGACUGGCCUCCUUAUAAGAGGACACAAAGACACAGAUACAGAGGGGGAAGGCCUUGUGAUGACUGCGUCAGAGACUGGAGAAAGGCAGCUGCAAGCCAAGGACUGCCAAGUAUUCCUGACCACCCUCAGCAACCGGGAAGAGGCAAGGAGGUGUUCUCCCCUGCAGGAUUCAGAGGGCGCACAGCCCUGCCAACACCUCGAUUUUGAACUUCUAGCCAUCAGAACCUUGAGACAAUGCAUUUCUGAGGUUUUGAGCCACCCAGUUUGGGGUAUUUUUGUUAACAGCCAUCCUGGGAAUGAAUACAGCCAUGGAGUAGAAAUGUGCCUGGUGUGUUGA